AUGUCCCGUCGUUCCCGUGGUGAUGGCCACGGGCGGCGGUCAGGUGACACCGGGGCUCCGGCCAUAGAGCUGCACGAUGGUGCUACCAUGGGUGAGUUACAGUUUCGGUCAGCAGCCGGGGCUGAGUAUGACUUUUUGGUCUUUGAGGUUUUGGGAGAUCGCUUCGAGAAACUGGGCCUAGCAAUCGGCGAGGUGACAGCAAAGUAUGAGGUGAACAGCGAUGGGAUGUUCAUCGAUUUAACCUAUCGAGGAACUGACAGCUCUUAUUAUCAGUGGUACAUUGACAAUAAGGGGAAGCCCGGAGGACUACCGAAGGAGCCUUACCAUCAUCUUUGCCGUCGUGGUGCUUCUCGUUGCUGCAAGAACUUUGCCAUGAAGGAUGUGGUUCAUGUGCAAAAAUGGGCCCCGAUUUCCAGGAACUCCGCUAGCGAUCUGCUUGAGUCCUGGGGCUGUGCCAGGCUUCCUCCUUUGCGAGUGGAGCCGCGGAAGUCGGCUACCCCUCCAGGCCCUGAGCGUCGUGAUGCCAGACCUGGAGCCGUGCAGGCUCUUCCAGCCCCCAAGGUUGAAGAUUUAGCCGAGGAGGGGCAUGAUGAAGAGGCUGAUGCCGAGGAGCCGCGACCUACGGUAAAGCGACGAAGGAAGGCCUUACCUCAGGGAAGGCGACAGGCGACGGCCUUGGAUGCUAUGCUCGACGACAGCCUGGAGGACCCGAAGGAGGAGAACAAGAACGACAAAGUGGAGAAGAAGUUGGGCCAUUUGAGAGCGAAGCUCCUGGGCAAGAAGGUGGAGGCCAGGGGCAAGGAGCCAGGCUCGGUGUUGGCCGGGCGCGCCAUGGAGGCUGUUGAGAAGGGCAAACCAAAGAGAUCAAAGAAGGACUCCGUGGCUCGAACCAUCCAGAAGGCUUUGGUGAAGGCGGGCCGGAGCCGAGGAUCUAAGGACGAAGCCUCCUCGGAGGACAGCGAGGGGGAUGCCGAGGACGACGAGGAUGACCUGGAUCUUGGUGGCAGCGGCGGCUGGGAGCAGAGGCGUCGCAAGCUCAGGAAGGUUGCGGAGGAGAAGCCGGGCAAGCUUUUGUUGUCCGGGCUGCAAAGCAUGCAAGAGCAACUGGGGCAGAUCACAGGCGAUGACUCGUCCGAGGCCCUGAGCCCGAUCAUGGUGCGUUACCUCAUGACAAUGGUUUUGCCAGCACACCCCGUGAAGACCAUAGGUGAGAGCAAGUACCGAGAGUUGAGGACAUUGUGCCAGGUUAUGGACGCCCUGCUCAAGGGCAAAGUGGACACAGCAGGCGAUAUCCUGAUGCAGCGGUUCAAGUGCCAGGUGAUGUCUUUGAGGGAUAACUCCGAGAAGUUCGGGCGUUACUUAGAGCUUAUCCCCGAGGACAUGGUUGCGGCAACCGAAGGAGGAGCCCCCACCGGUGGAGGAUGCACCAAAGGAGGCGCCACGAUCACCGAGCAGAUCCCCUUUGACACGGAGGAAGGGGAGCCCUACCGCGCCGAAAAAGGAGAGGAAAGUCACCUUUCAGGAGGAGGUUCAUACAGAGUCGAUCCCAGGGCGUAUGAGGAUGUCAGUUUCGCAGGCCCGGAAGCAGACGCCGAGAUUGGAGAACGAGACCAAGAAAGCUUGGAAGGAUCGAGUUUUCAAGACGGCGAGGGGCGAGACCUAGGGGUGUUGGCCCCAGGAAAGCGGCUGUUCUUGCGGCACCUGAGCGCGGUCACCGGGGCAAAAAUGAGCCCGGACGCCUGGGAACAAAGUCCAGGAAGGCGGCUGUUCUUGCAGAACCUGAGCGCGGUCACCGGGGCAAAAAUGAUCCCGGACGCCUGGGAACAAAGUCCAGAACCUGGGGUUGGAGUUCCGGGUGGUGGCCCGGCGGUUUUUAACAGCGGCUCUCAGCCUGUGCCCUGUACAGAGCCCGGUGUUGGCCGGGUGACGGGUGAGAGGGCGCGCACGUUUGACGAGCUGAAGAGUGUGAUGCUUGAGGGAUGUGAUUUACAAUGUGAUCAAAGGUUCCAUGGCCUUCUGCACGAAGGGUUACCGGAUAAGCGCUGUGUGUUGCAAUUGGGCAUUACGCUGCUACAGCUCCUUUUGGUUUCCCCACGAGAUGGGGCCUUCGUGUCCGGAGUGUUAGCUCUGGUGAAAAACACAGCCACGCCAACUCUACGGGACAGGGAUGUGCUACCUCUACCUAUCCCGCCCCUUGGAGCUGUGCUGUUGCUUCUGGUGGCCAUCAUGAAUGGUGAGUAUUCGGACUGGUGUGGCGCGGGAUUUGCAUCAAGCGAUUUUCCCGGAAACACAUGCCAAGUCGAGGCCUUUGCUCACUUGGGCGAGCUAUGCCAAUAUUUCUGUAGGAAUCCCCUUUGCGAAAAAUGUGGACUCUCCCCCGAGGAUGUGCUUAGGACCAAGGGUGUUGAUUACACGGGGGAUGAAAUCCUUCACGCUCUUCCUUUGAAGGUGGGGGAGCUACUGCCGGGGUUGCCGGCCGAUGGCGUUGCUGGUACCCUGCAGGCAGCGGAUGUGGCCGAGGGUGAGGUUGCAAAGUGGUUGGCGGAUCCGAUGUUAACAUUGCUGCCCGAAGAUAAGAGAUUUAGCUACUUUAUCCAGUGCAUCCGCGUGUUGCUAUGGUCGGGCGAAGAUCAGAAAGGAGCUUAUUACGCGUGGGCCCUACCUCCUGUCUGGCGAAAGUUUAUGGCUUUCCGAUGGCCCGUUCCGGGGGCUUCGGUGGGGUUGCCAAAUGAAAAAGAGGUUUACGUCGCAGCUGCGGUGAUACCGAUGGGCUGGGUCAAUGCCGUCGGGCUUUUUCAACAUCUGCAUAGGAGACUCGGCCUUGGUGUCCCGCCGGGUGGUGCAGGCCACAGCGCGGAGAUCGAGUGGAGAAGAGAUCGCCCGAUCCCGAGCUCCGCGGUCACAGAAGAUGGUGGUUGGGUCCAGUUUUAUCUUGAUGACUUUGAUUGCCCUGAAUUUGUUGACAAAGAUGUUUGGAAGCGCGUUCAAGGUACGGCGUUGGGGCUCGCAGAAGCCUCAACCGCGGCGGUGGAGCGCUGGAAGGCGGAUGACUUUCGUCUACCAGUUGCAAACUAUGAGGUUCUGAUGGGUUUCGAUAAAGGGUAUAUUGAGGGAACUUUUCCGCACAAGAUGAGUCACGAGGAAAAGUUCAUGCUCGGCGGCAGGAAGCAGACUCGGCAAGGCAAAAGUUUGAAAUCCCAGAUGGUCUCGGAAAAGAUUCAGACUCGUUAUGCCAACGCGGUCAUGCAGGUACUUGGGUUCUUUGCUGACAUGAACACUAUCCACCUCACAUGGGCAAACUUUGAUGAGGCGGUCUGCAGUUGGAUAGAAACAGCCUAUGCAGAGGGGGAGCAUAAGACCUUAGUCAGCUUCGCUUUGGCGGGGUUGCAGUUCUUUCUACCAGCUUGCGUUGGCAAGCUAAAGCAAUCCUGGCGAUUGGCAAAAGUCUGGCAGCGAUUGGAGCCUCCUGUGAGGGUCCUGCCAAUCUCCCCUCUGCUUGUCGGUGCUUUUGCAGGCGCCGCGAUUCACAUGGGCUUUUUGUCUGAAGGAACCAAUGAACUCGUGGUAGUGGAGUCACACUGCGCGGUGUUUUGGCUUCGUCAGGCGUGUGGUCGCUUGACACCUGCCGACAAGUUGCUCUUCCGUGGCGAGCGCUUCUUUAGAAAGCUGUUCUAUGAGCUCAUCGAGGCCCUCGACAUUACAGGGCUGCUCACAGUUUAUAGUCUGCGCCGCGGUGGAGCCACAUGGAACUUCCUGCUUCAUGGCAGCAUGGAGAAAACACUCCUGCGCGGCCGCUGGUCCAGUACAUCUACUGCCCGCAUCUACUUGCAAGAUGCAACAGCAACAGUGGGCCACCUGCAGCUGAGCGACUGGCAGGUCUCUAUGGCCAAAGAUAUGGCGCGCUUUCUACAAGCCUCUGGUCUCAGGCACAAACAUGACUCGCUGAUUGAAGCCAUUGGCUCAGUCCUUCAAGAAUUUUUCUUUGGACUGUUGGCCAUGGCCUCCACGUGGCAGGAUUUCUUGGCGAAGGUUGAAACUCCGUCGCCAGGGGAUGCCGUGUUGACAGCAGUGACCAAGUGGUUCACUGAGACUCUGCAGGUGCCGAAUCCCGAGUUAGCUGAAGGCUAUACUGAGGAGCAGGUGCAAGCAAAGUUGCCACAGGAGUUAGUAGUGCAAGCAUGCAUACGUCGAGUACUGCGUGCAGUGAAUGCCGUUUCUCAGGCCAAGCGAUUGGUGCAAGUGAAUGAGGCAGUCGCAGCCGGCAAUGUGCCCAAUGCUUCAGCGCAAGGCCUGGCGAAGAUUUUUGCUUCGGGCAAGAUUGCUGAUGUUGCCCAACUCUUAAAGGAGGUCAGCCUGGAGGGCCUUAGUUUCGGCUUGCAAGCAGAGCAGCUUCUCUUGAACAGCAUGCAGCAGCAUGUUGAAGAAAGCAAACUUGCUGGCCGAGUGCCGUUCCUCUUCGUGGACCUGACGUCGAAAGGAACACUUCCGCUUUGGCUCACUCCGGAUGUCAUUGGCGGGAAAUCUCAGCUACAUGAUGAUGGCGAUUGGCCGCUGCAGAGCCGGGCACCCAAUUCAUCCCUGCAAGACCUUGGGAAGGCUUUGAUGAGUGCCACGGCAUCGCCUCGUUUCUUUCGCACGGUGUCGCAGUGGACGGGGGCAUUCUUGAAGUACGCCGUG